AACCUCAAAAGUCCCUUUUCCUAUCCUAGCAUCUUUAACCCAGAGUUCACCUAACACAAGUAGAACAAACACAGAUCAAACCAAAGCAAAAACCACCCACGAGCCGCAGCCCUUCAUCAAAUCAAAACCCCACAAAAGCUUGAUAGGGGAGGAAAAAGAUUAAAGCAUCCGAAAACACUCCAAACUCCAAAAGCUCCAUUUUGCUCUUCUCCUCCUAUUCAUCAGAAACCAAUGGCCUCCUUAUCCCUCCAACUCUCCUCCCUGCACCACACCUCUGCCACGCCUCUGAUCCUACGCAGCACCCCUCUCAACCGACGCCCCCCAACCCAGAAACCGUUCUCCAUCAGGGCCCAAUCCGCCCCAGUCCUUUCCCAAGAUGAUCUCAAGAAACUAGCAGCGGACAAAGCAGUGGAGUCAGUCAAGUCGGGCAUGAUCCUAGGCCUAGGAACAGGCUCAACAGCUGCUUUUGUAGUUGACAAACUAGGCCAACUUCUUUCAACAGGUGAACUUUCUGACAUCAUAGGAAUCCCAACCUCGAAAAGAACACAAGAACAAGCUGCAUCACUUAACAUCCCCUUAACUACCCUGAAUAAGCAUCCCCACAUUGACCUUGCUAUUGAUGGUGCUGAUGAAGUUGAUCCUAACCUUGACUUAGUUAAAGGCCGAGGAGGUGCACUUCUACGUGAAAAAAUGGUUGAGGCAGCUUCAUCUUCUUUCAUUGUAGUAGCUGAUGAUAGUAAGCUUGUCUCAGGGCUUGGAGGGAGUGGCUUAGCUAUGCCUGUUGAAGUGGUGCAGUUUUGUUGGAAAUAUAAUUUAGUUAGGCUUGAAGGGUUGUUUAAAGAUUUGGGUUGUGAAGCAAAGUUGAGGUUAGUAGGGGAUGGUAGUGAAAAGCCUUAUGUAACUGAUAAUGGGAAUUAUAUUGUGGAUUUGUAUUUUAAGAAUCCAAUCAAAGAUGGAUUUGGAGCUGGGAAAGAGAUUUCUGCCUUGGAAGGUGUAGUGGAACAUGGGUUGUUUUUAGGGAUGGCUACUUCUGUUAUUAUUGCUGGGAAGACCGGUGUGGAGAUUAUGACUAAGUGAUAAGAAAGGUGUGAGAGACAGAGGUGAGGUGGAAUUUUUAUUUUUGUCGCUUAUUGUUCCAUGUUUGAGGGGGUUUCAAUUUGUGUGGGGGGUAAUUUGUUGCAAAAUUUUUGGAUUUUGAUGUUGUGUAGAGUAAUUGUAGAAUGUGGAAUAAUUGCGGAUUUUGGAAAUGAAAUUGAAGAUCCUUGCAAUGGUUUAUUUUAGUU